CACUGACGGUGAUGGCGAUGUCAAGAUGGAGGAUGGUGACAAAGACAAGGAGGACAAGGAGGACAAGGAGGACAAGGAGGACAAGGACGCCCAGGGCGAAGAGUCUGGCUCUGUCGAUGAUGAUGAGCGCGACGAGGAGUCCAGCAAGACUGUGGCUGACAAUGCGACCAACGAGGCCAAGGAUUCCAAGGAUGCAGAAGGCGAUAACAAGAUGGUCGGAGAGGCUGGACUGGAGCUUUGAGCUUCGAGCUUUGGGCUUGAAUGUGGUCAGUCAUCUGGGUGUGUCAACAUGAUCCCUCCUGUGGCUAUGUUGAUCAACUGAUUGACCACUCUGCUCUCUUACGACUGACUGGUCUCUUAACGACUGCGCUCUUACGGCCGCGCCUUUGAUACUCUGCUUUCUCUUUCCUUUUCUUUCCUUUUCUUUUCUUUUCUUUUCUUUUCUCAUGACGACGACUUUCGCGGAGCGACCAUGGUCCUGCGCCGGCAGCGUAUCUAGAUAGAUGGCUAGCUGUCGCUGGUGAUGGAUGACGAUCAAAUACGACUUGCGGAUACAUGACUGAUGGCUCAAUGGACGCACCAUCAUGCAGAGCCAAUCAAAAAUCAAUUGCUUUCCCUUAUGCUGUGCCUUGCUUUGCUGUGAUGGAUUGCUUUGUGUGCGAAGUGAAGCAUUGUUAGCGUUGCCUUUAUACUUGCCACUUGUCCGUACAUCCC